ACAGAUCCUUCACUGCAAAUUCACCGAUCCUUCCACGAUGAAUCCUUCAAGGAUACACGCGGGAGGACCCUAAUAAGUUCGUCUUAAUCAUCACUAUGCGGUUUCUGAUUUUCUGGUGACUUUGUUCUCUUAAAACAAAACACAGACGCAAAUAUACGCAGAAAUUUCUUCAUAUCAGUUUUAAAACCUGAAAGCACCAUUGAAUUUGUCGUAAAAAUGUCUCUUUUUUAAGCUCUCUCUUCUGUCUCAUAAUAUGCAAACGAAUUUUACAUCAGGACGGGGUGCCUUUCGUGAUAAUCAAUCAAGUCUGAAAGCAUAACCAGGAAGCAGCGUGGCAGCGUCUUCAAACGACUUAGCAUCAAAUGUGGUAUAACAACUGCCAAAAAUAGACCACUUCUCGACGAUUAGAGUUUCGACCUGAGGGCGUCAGGAGUGUUACGAAGGCCCUCAGGUCGGAACGUCGAGAAGUGUUUCGUCUAUUUUAGGUAGUUGUAAGUUGUUAUACCACAUUUGAUGCAUGCUAAGUCUAAAAACAGUACGAAAUUGUCGUAUCCGGCACAUGGCAUAUGCAUGUACAGAAACUCCUGCACCAUAGAUGAAAAGUAAAAAAACAACUAUUCAGUGUUUUAGAAACACAAUUCACUGGCAAAGACACUUGAACUCGUUUGAAACUGCAAACAAAUGAUCGUAAUUGUUCCUAUAUCGCGUGUACCUUUCACAACAGGGGAGCAAUAGACAAUGAAUCUAACUCUUUAAUGCCUUAACAUUACUACAUCGAAUUGGUCGGAUAAUAUUUCUCCAAGAGUUGAUGAAAAAAUAUCUAAAGAUCGUUUAUCUUUGGCGAAAAUGUGUUGGAUAUCGGUCUGUUGUAGUUCCGUGUUGUGGAGAUGAUUUUGAUACGCGUAUAUCAGGAUAUAAACUAAUUUGCAUUCAUUUGAAUCGACGUAUAUCUGGUAAAAAAAAAAUUCAACGCUGUCCGAAUCAUGCUUCACUGCAGCCUCCCACAUUCUGCAGUGUAGUAAAAUCACACAUUUGGAAGAUAUCUGCCCCACUCAAGUACAUUGCAUUUGUCUCGCAAUUAUGAGCGAAAACGAAAAUUAAUUCAAAAAGCCAGUCAGUGAAAUGACAGCUUUUCUAUUUAAUAUGUGAUUAAACAAUAUAUGUAUGUAUGCACCUGCCAGCAGCGCUUAGUGACGAAAAAAAACACAGCAAGUUCUAUGAGCGCUUCAUGACUUCAUCGUCUUCAGAGUCGAACCGUCAUUUGCUGAAGUCUACAGCAAAGGUUUGAAUCAUCAGUUCGUAUUCCGGAGAAGAGUUUCAUAGUUUCUUAGUUUUUUCAUUUCCUUAUCGACUGAUAUCUAAUUCAAUUUUGAGCCGCUGUUUUCAAUUCAUAAAGCGGUUUAUUUAACGGACGGAUAGGACUAUACGCAGUGACUGUCAUUUGUUAUCGAUUAUUCGAAGUUUGGGAUUGCAUAUUGAUAACAUUUUUGGCUUAGUUUCUCGUGGAAGAGGACGCUGAUUUCGGUCAAAGAUUGGAGCGAACUAUCCCGGCUUUAACUAGAAGAGAAGACAGUAUUUUUUCAUGACGGUUUUGUGAGAAGACGAUAGACCAUAAGGUAGCUACCUGCUUCGACAACGAAAUCGUUUUGGAAAAGUCUGUUUCGUGCGACUGAGGGAAAAUAAUUUGCUGUUUGUUUGAGCAAGCAUCAAAGCUUGUUAUUCAAAUAAUUAUCUUGAACACAAGAGGCCGAGAGCAUCUUAAGAUCAACUGGCUGAGGCAGCAAUUGUCAGAGGCGUCGACACAGCUUUGAACGAAGAUAUGGAUCCGGCAAAAUCAGACGGAGCUGUGUUUAUUUGCGGGGAAGACACUCUUGCGGAAGACGAUUAUAUUCUUCCGAUGAAAAGUGUUUUGACGGCAAAGUUAGCGACUAAUUGGGCAGUUCGCACACAUUACGAUCCCAAUGGAAGCGACCCGCGAGGUAACAAAGAUACAUUGUUUCGUAAUAUCAGUGCAUCGUACGUUUUCUUGUUUAUUUUCAACGAAGAAACCACGGUAGAUGCGUUUUACCUCAACCAACUUGGCAUAGCUUUCGCGCGUGGGGUUCCGAUCGUGGGAAUCCGCGAGCCAAGUUACAUCAUGCCCAACCCUCUGCCGGAGCAUUACUACACGACGGAGAUUGUCGACCUGACUUCGGGCGAUCGGAAUCGUCCGCAUUCACGAAGCAAGGCGAUCUUGUCAAAUCUCCUUAUCGAAUCGUUCCGAAAUGCGGUCGUCUACACAAACGAUUUUCAUAAAUCCUGCAUCGAGCGACUUUUCCGAAAAGUCAGCGACGCGUACACGAAGACUGAGAAAGAGCGAACACUCCCGCCGAAUGUGACUGUCACUGAUUGCGCAAGAGGCGAGCCAUCGUUACGUCAAAAACUCUGGACAAGCGUCAGCGGUUUCACGAAGUGCCCGAAGUGCGGAACAACGGUGAAGACGAGUCGGAAAUCGUCGGCGUUGCGGAAAACGAACAGCGUUGAUCAUUUGUUCAAGAAGGAAGGUUCAACUCACGGAUCCAAGCACCAAACACGCGUCACAACUCCACAACUCCUUAUUACAAAGAGUGUCCUACAACCUCUCACAGGGCAGCACCAUUUCUCCAGGAAUAUCUUCAAUUCAGACAGUCGACGACCGGCUACGAGCGUCAUACGGAAGAGCGCUUCGGCAAGGGCCGGCGGUCGAGAGAUCGAGCAUAUCGAAGCUGUUCAAUCCAGACCGACUUCGACCAAAAGUUGCAACGCCGUUUCGACGUCGCGAAGCGGAAAGAAUUUACACAAGAAACAUAGCGAAAUCGAGUAUUUGGAAAGUAAACUGAACAGCCUCGUAGAUGCGGAAAAUAUCGUGGAAAGUAAAGAGGUGGCCCCUGAAAAUCCAAAACAAAACAGUGGAAAAGUUGCCAGAAAGAAAUCAAUGUCCGGUUUCGUCACAAACAGACGGGGCGCAUUUCUACGAAAGAUGUCGAGUCUCCCGUGCAUACCGACGACGUAUCUCGUAGCGGAACCUGGGAGCCAGGCCCCAGCGUUUGUACGAUAUCCACCUGCAAACGGUACACUAACGGUCGGAGAUCCGAACGUUCCCGAGUUCACUGACGACGAGGAUAAAGAGACGAUACAUAUCUCUCGUAGACCCAGUCCUGCCAUUUCCACCUGCUCGACCAAUAUUGAGUGAUGUUUAUAGAUCACAGAAUUUCCUGUGAAAGACACUUCUCAAACACAACAGGGGAUGAAAGGAGAUGAAAGGGGAGAGCAUUAGGCAUCUUGGGAAUUAGGAGUGAGUUUGACGGCAAUCAGUCAAUCAAUGAAGUAAACCUCAGAACACAGACUCAAUUCAAUAGUUGAAGUCAGUUUUAUUUCAAGAUUGAAUCGUAAUGUAUUAUCUAGGGAAAAAGACAAAUAUAGUUCUUAGUCGCGUAGCAACUUUUGAAGGGAGGGGCUAGAUAGAUCUUCGGCUUCCUUGUAAUUAGUUCUCGCGAUAAUCAUUUCAGAGAUGGAUUCUCAUCAAUCCCUCCGCAGUUAAUUUUGCAAACGCUUUUACAUGGAAACGCCUUCCGACGGCCUACGCCACUUGUUUUGAUUAGUUAUCAGUACUACGAAGAUAUUAUAUGAACUAAAUAAUGAACACACCGCCUACACAGUCGGCUAGACCGAGCCAGAGGAAAUUAGCAUCAUUUUUAAUUAAGUUUACAGAUGGUCUUUAUGUGUGGCUAUUGCGCUACACACUCUAAAAAAGUUCCACUGUUUAUGAAACAAAAAUUAAUGGAAUAUUCUUUUCAAAUUUAGUUAUGAAGUACAUGAAAACCAUGUACAUUUGUCAGAUGCUGGUCAGAGUCUGAGAUGCUGGUCAUUUCAUAAACUUUAUGUAACAGAGAACCGAGAACGGCUCUCCCAAGCCAGCCAUCAUUGUAUUUAGGUAUUUGACUUUUUGGCCUGGAAAACCUCAAAGCAUCACGGCAUACAAGGGGCUUCGCAACGGAAAGAGGGGGAGGGGAGCUGUUCCACCUUGUUUCCCUUCGCCCGGGGUCCCUGCUGUAACAUUUUCAUUGCCCAUAGCACAGAAGUGCAUCCGAAACAAAAAUUUAUUUUCGAAAACAACAUGUAAUUAUCACAUGUGUAGGCAAAUAAUGAAAUAUAGAGCGUCUCAGACAGCUCUUAUAAAUCAGCUGUUACCAGCAUCUUUGUAA